AUGGCAUUGACUGUUAGGAUGCUGGGUGAGGAGUGGUUCCUGGGGCAAUGUCUUGUGGAAAUGAGGCCUUCAAAGCCCUUGAUUUCAUUGUUGAGAGAUCAGAGCAUGAUAAAGCGUAGACAUGAUAUCUGCGAUCCCCAUCCUGCCUCUAUACUUCCUAUAACUUCGCGACCCCGUAUCACUGAUGUUGGACCCCUUCAAAAACGUUAUGUAGAAGACGGGAGAGAUGGACUUAUUGCCUUCCACCAAAACGACAGAUACAACGCAACAAAAGCGGACCACAACGCUAGGCCAGAGGAAACCUCAGAAAUCUAUACCGCGGUAACCACCAAUGCCACAGCAAAGUAUUUCUCGCACAGGGAGGAGUUCAGCUUCGAUCAGCGCGGGUUUUCCACUAUCCUCAGGAAUGAAGCUGGCCCGCUAUUCGAGGGACAGAAUGCUCGUCGGCUCCGAACCAAUACGGUUGUCAAAUGAAAUCGCGCAAGAUAGAUUCUCCGUUACGGUGCAUAGCACAGACGGGGAAUGUGUGCGAGCUAAAUACGCUAUCACGACAUUCUCUCUGGGUGUAUUGCAGCACCCUGGGGCUGUCAGAUUCACACCCGAGCUGCCUAAGUGGAAGCAAGAUGCCAUUGCGAGUUUCGAAAUGGUUACAUAUACCAAAAUCUUCCUGCAAUUCCCGUAUUCGUUCUGGCCCCAGACGCAGUAUCUGUACUACGCAGAUCCGGUGGAGAGGGGAUAUUAUCCUCUUUUCCAACCUUUGGACUUACCUGGGGUGUUGGAAGGAUCGAAUAUCCUCAUCGCUACGGUCGUCAAUGGAGAAGCGUAUCGGGUUGAGCAGCAGAGUGAGGCCGAGACCCGGUCUGAGAUUAUGGAAGUAUUGCGCAAGAUGUUCAAGGACAAGGAUGUUCCAGAUCCGAUGGACAUAUACUAUGCGAGGUGGACGCAGGAGCCUUGGUCGUACGGCUCCUACUCAAACUGGCCACCGGGAGUAUCUGCCCGGACACAUCAGCAUCUCCGGGAGAAUGUUGGGCGGGUUUUGUUUGCUGGAGAGGCUACAAGCCCACAGUUCUCGGGGUUUCUGCAUGGCGCUUACUAUGAAGGAAAGCGUGCGGCGGAGUCCAUUGCUUCGUGUCUACGAGGCCCAAGAUGGGGUGACUGUGACUUUAGUAAAUGA